CAGUUGCUGACCUUUUUUUCUACUUCCGGCCUGGAGGCCUCAGCGUUUAGAAUCUUGUCGACCGCCACCGAGCAUAUAAUGGCCACAGCAGCCCUGGCUCUUUCUUUCCGCCUUGUGACCACUACUCUUUAAAAAUUCCGCCGAAAAAGAGAAGACGAUUUUCCAAAACAUUCUGGCCGUUAUCUCACGGCUCCCCCGUCUCUGCACAGGUGUAUGAGCGCUACCCAGAGGGCCUAGGGGCGGCUCUUUACCGGGAGCACUUCGACUUCAACGCUGAGCCGCCGUGGGAUCCUAGCUGAUAGCGGGACCGGUCCCUCCCCCCGACUUGUCCAUUUUGUUGCAUAACCCCAGGACCCCCAUCGGCUCGCUCGUCACCCGUUCUUUAUGAUUUUUGGCUCUCUGGAAUACGGUUAGGAUGAAAGGACUCGCCGGCUACAGCGUGGAAGUCUUGGAGGGCGGCGUCACCCUGCGAGAUGUCCUGGAGGAGCGGGCACUGGUGGAGAAGAGCGCCUUCAUGGUGGCCGACCUGGGCGCUCUGAUGCGCCAACACGCCCGCUGGCAGAGCGCCGUGCCGCGGCUGCAGCCCUACUUCCCGCUCAAGUGCAACCGCAGCCCGGCGGUCCUGGAGGUGCUGGCCUCCCUGGGCCUGGGCUUCGUCUGCGCCAGCAAGGCGGAGGUCAACCUGGCGCUGGAGCACGGCGUGUCGCCCGACCACAUCAUGCUGUCGGGUGUCUGCAAGCAGCUGGCGCUCAUCAAGAGCGCCGCCAGGAACCACGUCCAGCUCCUGGUGUGCGAGAACCAGGCCGAGCUGUCCAAGAUUUCCCGUGUCCACCCGCACGCCAAGUUGCUGCUGCAGUUGACCACGGACGCCCACGCGGCCGAGACCAGCGUGGCGUUCGGCGCGUCCCUGAAGAGCUGCCGCCACCUGCUGGAGGCCGCCAAGGGUCUGGGCGUCCAGGUGGCGGGCGUGGCCUUCCACGUGCCCACCUCCUGCCAGGACCCGGAGGAAGCCUACCGCCACGCGCUGUUGGACGCCCGCUGCGUGUUCGACAUGGGGGAGGAGCUGGGCUUCCGCAUGGACAUCCUGGACAUUGGCGGCGCAGACUUCCAGCUCCAACAGGUGGAGUCCGCCGUCAGCCCGCUGCUGGACGCCUACUUCCCGGCGCAGUCCGGCGUGCGCGUGCUGGCCCAGCCCGCCAGCUUCUACGUGGCGUCCGCCUUCAGCCUGGCGGUCAACGUGAUCGCCAAGGAGGCGGCUCCAGGCGAGCACAAGGAGUUCCUGUACCACAUGAGCGAGGGCGUCUACGGUCCCUUCGCCAUCAAGCUCCUGGGGAACGCCAUCGCCGCCCCGUCGGUGCACAAACACACGGCGUGCGGCGAGGAGGCGCUGUUUCCCAGCAGCCUGUGGGGUCCGUCACUAGACCAGCUGGACCAGGUGGUGGAGCGCUGCCUGCUGCCCGAGCUCAGCGUGAGCGACUGGCUCCUCUUCUCCAACAUGGGCACCUGCGGCCUGGCCCCCCCGCACGUCUACUACGCCGUCACCGCCGCCGACUGGUACGACAUGCAGGAGGCCGGUGUGCUGCUGGACUGUGCCACCAAGACCUUGACCGUGGUCUAGUCCCCCUCCUUGAGCCGUGUGACAGGAAGUCAACAUUCCACCCCGCAAAUUUGUAUCUUCUACUUUUAUCAAAUCAAUCGUUAUGCAACAAAAUGGACGACUCCGGAGAUGGAGCCCCGCCCCUUCUUCUAAUCUCUCACCUGAUUGG